AUGAUCUUUGACUCCAAGCUUGAGCUCCCUGCUAUCCCACAGUCCGACGUAUUUAGUUACAUUUUCCGUCAUGGUCGCAGAGCAUACCCGUCUAGCCGUGUGCUAUACCGCGUCGACGGCAAGGGGGAUACUUUGACGUUGGGGGAGCUCGAACGAAAAAGCAAGCAAUUUGCGCACGCCCUUCGAAAGGAGUACGAUAUUAUGCCUGGUGAUGUUGUGAGCAUCCUGGCUAAGGAUCGGAUCGAGUACCCGAUAGCCUAUUACGGGGCCAUAGCCACCGGCGCAACAAUUGCAUUGAUUCCAAUUCAAAAAGAAAUGUCGGAAACUGAUGUCGCGGCCAGGCUCGACCAGGCGAGAGCAAAGCUCCUGAUCACCGAUUCAGAGGUUCUUUUCCUGGCUGAGGUAGCAUCAGUGCUGGCUGGUGUGGUUCCUUUGAUGACAAUGGACGCAAACCAGGAAGGGUGGACAUGCAUGGACGAUCUGAUAAAGAAUGGAGACCCAGAUGCCAACAUCUUUGAGCUUACCACCGAAAAGGAGGCAGACGAACACGAAGCCUUCAUCAACCGAACCAGUGGUUCCACAGGAACUAUGAAAUCCGUUAUCACGAGCGCUGCUCAUUUUAUUGCCACAAUGGAAGCCACGAAGCGAACAAUUCCAGAUAGCAUAGACCCGGAGAAUGACGUCUGGUUAUCACCCUUGUCACUUGGUUUCUUUAUCAACGCUAAAUUGAACAUGGGAUUGAACAUCCUACUGGGUAUCCCAGUGGUUCUCACGCAAGGCAGCCUUGAUGAAUCUAACAUAGGGGUCAUCGAGCGUCAUCGUAUUAGUUUCCUUUUCAUCACCCCUCCGCUUGCUGCCAGGCUAGCUCGUUGUGACGUUAGCGGUGUGGACGUGAGCAGUAUCAAGUGGAUGUUGACUGCGGGAGCACCUAUCCAUGAAAAUCUGCGCCGUACCGUUUCAAACAACUUUGGAGGUGUCCAUUUGACACUUGAAUGGGCGACAUCAGAAACUAUGCUGCUUGCGAUCCAGAUGGAUGAGUCGACCAAAAAACCCGGCUCCAGCGGAACUCUGGCAAACGGAAUACAGGCCAAGGUCAUCAACACGGAGACUGGUGCAGAGUGUGGUGUAGGCGAAGAAGGAGAGAUUCUAGUCCGCAACAAGCUUGCGAAGUACAAGGGCUACAAAGACAACGAGGCAGCGAACCAAGACUUUGAUAGCGAGGGCUGGUUCCACACCAAAGAUUACGGCUAUCUCGAUGAGAACUGCAACGUCUAUAUCAUUGACCGCAUCAAGGAGCUUCUCAAGGUUGGUGAAGGCUACGGAUCUCAUGUCUCAGCUAGCGAGCUCGAAUCAGUUGUGUUUGAACAUCCAGCCGUGGCCAGUGUCGUGGUGGUGGGCACCCGCAACAUUGACACCCAGAUGGACGAGCCAUCAGCAUUUGUCAUUUUGAAACCGGAAUAUGCCAACAAUAGCAAGGUAGCGCAACAGAGAGUCGAGCAGUUUGCUGCACAGAAGUUGACCGGCCUGAGACGACUCACCGGGGGGAUCCACUGGCUUUCAAGCUAUCCAACAACUGGGUUCAAGGUCGACCGCAAGAAGCUGAAAGCCAUGGUGCCCAAGAAGCAAAAGCCUAUGGCAACUGGACUAUUUGUGCCUCCAGUCUUAGCCAACUAA